GGCAAGAUGAACAAGGGAGAAUCGGAAAGUGAAGAUUAUUCUGAAUUUUCUGGGAUGUCGGCUUCACAAUGUACAAUGCACACUUAAAGAACUGUAUCUCGCUAUCAUUAGCCUUUGGGGGGGAGAGAACCUAAUUGAAGAGCAUACCGAUCAAUGCAGUAUCACAAUUAUGAGCGACGCCAGGAUCCAAAAGGAAAAAAUAAACUUGAGUUCGUGUCAAAAAUAUUUUCCACGAAAAAGAAGAUAAAAAGAGUGAAAACCCCACAUCCAAAGAGAGUGCAUCAUGUACGAACAUAUUCACCUCAACAUAAGGGAGAAAAACUUUUUGUUUUCACAGACAAUGAGGCAGCAUACCAAAUUAAAGAUUCAAUGGAAGAUGAACAGUACACAGACAGACCCCAGUACAAUGUCUUGUUCGUGGAGAGCCCUUUGGUGCAUCAGCAAGGUGACCAUUUUAAACCGGACGUCCAGUUUAACAGCACUGUUCCGGGAUCCAAUAAGAUUAACGCAAGCGACAAGGCCAAAGUAAUUGAAGAGAUGCAAAAGAAUCCAACAUAUUUUGAAGUGGUGAAGAUGGAAGACAAGGGUACUGACCCAUGGGAAGCAAUGAGCCAAGUUGAGCAUAAAGUCAUGGUGGACAAGGGCACUGACGCUGUACAUCCAACUGAAUGCAAGUUGUUGUCUUGUGAAAAAGAUAAGGAAAAACUUAAAAACCAACUGCAUGACAAAGAAAAAAUAGUAAAGUCCAGUUUGGAGGAGGGUGGAAUCUUGUUGGAAGACAUUGAGAGAUUGAAAAAGCUCUUGUCGAAUUCUGGAAAAAUAGCAGAGAUUAUUGGAGCAAAAGUUAAAUGCAAACAAGAGUCUCCAGCUGAUUUCAUUCACCUCAGUCGGAUUUUUGUGAUUGAGUUAGGAAAAUACAUCGUAGCUCUGCAAAAACAAACAGAUACUGAGCUGCAAAAAGUGAAAUGGGAACUGAACUCAUUCAAGAAAGAGAAAACUGAAAAGGAAGGAAAAUUAAAAAGCCUUGAACGAAAACUUGAAGCCCAAACAGCAAAAGCCAAUCAAGAAGAACAGGAUCACGUUCUGCUACAAUCCAAAAUUGGAAAACUCCAAGAUGCCAUUGAUGCUGGAAAGAAGAUUUUGAAAGAGACGGAGAAAAGUUGUAAAACUAAAGUAGAAAAGUUAGAGAAUGAACUAACAGCUAAGAGGCAGUCAGCUAUUCAACUUAGUCAAGUUUUGGACGAGAAGUCUCGCUUUAUAACGCAACUAGAAGGAAAAGUAGAACUGCUGCAGAACACUGCAGAUGCUGCAAAACAACAGGUGAAAGACAUUCAACACGCCUACAAAUCUAAGAUAGCCAAAUUGGAGAGUGAUCACACUGAAAAAGUGACAGAUCUCUGCAAGAACCAGACACUGAUAAACAAACAGCUGAGCCAAGCACUGGAGCAAUCUUCCAAUUACGUCAAUCAGAUGCAGGAGACGAAGAAGGAGAAUGCUAUAUUGGCGACCACAAACUCGUCUCUGACUGAGAAGGUGGCGCACUUAGAGCGAGAACUUGGGAAGUCACAAGAGCGGUGUGCAGCGGCUGAGCGCAGACUGAUGCGCGAGACGCAGGAAGUGGUGACCAUACAGGAUCAGAUAGACAAGCUUGAGGCACAGCAGGAGGAGGAGAUGAUGAGUAUCGAUGGGGAUGUUUGGUGCCAGAUCAUGUACCAACACGACCAGUGGAUCAUGGAAGACCUCAGGAAUAAUCUGGUGGAGAAGGAAAAAAAGUUAGAGGCUCUUCGCUCUCAGGGUGAUUGUGCCCUGAGAGAUUUUGAGAAAAUGCAGAAUGAGCUGCAACAACGCCGUCAGCAGUUCAACGAGUUAAAAGAUGUCUUCCUUGAUUUUGAAAAAAAGCGUGAUACUGUAGUCAGGGAACAGAGGGAGUUCUACAGCAAGAUGUUAUUGCUGUCGAGCAGAACGAUUCCAAGGGAUAGGUUUUUCAAAAACCUCAUUGAGGAAUGCCAAACGAAGACUGUCAGAAUAGACGAGUUGGAGAAGUCCAUGAGGAGUGCUGACAAAACUAUUGAGGAGGCCAAGAAAAACAACGAGGCUCAGUUAAAAGCCAUGCAAGCCGAGAUGAAGUACACUGCUGGAAAACUCUACGAGUUUGAGAACUUGAUAAAGCUUAAAGAGAUGCAUCUACAAGAAGUCAUCAAAGUAUUUGAACAGGAGAAGAUGCUCAAGAUGUCUGCUGAAGGUUCGCUCAACACGUACAAACUGUUGUUGGAGGAUUUAAAGAAAGAAAACACUGAUAUUCGAGCCAAACUGAACUAUCUUGAAGACUUGCAGAAAAACAGAACGAAUAUAUCACAAGUUACUGAAGAGCUUGCAAAGGAGGCCCAAAAGAGGGAAGAUGCUGAAGGUAAACUGAAGGAUUUGGAAAAAGAUUUCCAAGAUAUAAAGAAUCAACUCAAAUCAAAAUCGGAGAAAGGUUUGCAACAUACAGGAAAACUUAAGGAUACCAAUAAAGAAAUUGAGCAUCUAAGAGACAAGGUCAGAGAUAUGAUGGAUAACAUGAAGUACAUGGAAAGAAUCCUCAUGGAGAGCCAGAAGAGUAAGGAGUCACUGCAGAAAGAUCAUGAGGAACUCUACAACAAGCUCAGGCGAGCUGUCAGGGUGAUGGUGGAGUCAAAGGCAACUCAGGAGUCACUGGAAUUCAAACUAGACCAGCGUAGACAAGUGAUUGAACAACUUCAGAUGAGCUAUGCCAACACUGAGGACCAGCUGGACACUCUGAGGGAUGUGCUACAAGACAUGAGACACGCGAUGGAUACACUUUAUUCAGAAAAGGAAGAACUGAAGGAUCAACUGGCGAACCAUAUGCAUUGUAAAGCAGAGAUGGCCUUGCACCAAGAGCUGAAGAUGUUGCAGAGGGACAAGGUUAUAACGGAAGAACAGAACUCUCGUGAGAAGGAGAUGUUGUUGCACCGCCUGCGAGACAAUGAAGACACAAUGAAGGAGCAACACAAACAUCUUAGAGCAUUCCAGGAGCAACUGGACAGCUUGAACGCACAACUGAGGGAGGCUAAAACACAACUCGCAUCUGAACGUCACAGUCAUACACAACAGGUGUUGGCAGUGCAAGCUGACAAGAAGAAACUGGAGCUCUAUAUUCAAGAGCUGGAACAAAGGUUGGCAUAUGAAACUCGGUUGCGGAUGCAUACUUCAGACGCAGUGUCUUCGCCACCUCCCAGGAAACAAAUUUUCACUUCCUCUGACAGUUAUGAACAACCAAACCGGGAUCAAAACAAAUAUCACUACAGAAAAUAAGCUGAGUUUUUGUACACUUCGAAGUUAACUACCACAUUUACAAAGUAUAUAAAUAAAUUCUGAAAUAAAAAUCAUUAACACUUU